AUGGCGAUCGCACUACUCCUGCCGGCGUCGUCGCGUCCCCCGCUCCUCCUCCUCCUCCGCGGAGGAUCCUUCCUGCUCGCUUCGCUGCUGCUGCUGCUCUCCUCCGCUCACCUCCCCCUCCGCGCGCGCGCGCAGGGGGAGUGCUCCGCCACGCUGCUUUGCCCCAACAAGCUCUGCUGCAGCCAGUGGGGCUGGUGUGGCUCCACCGUCGAUCACUGCGGCGCUAACUGCCUCUCCCAGUGCUCCCCGCCUCCCGUAACCAGCCCCUCUCCGCCCGCAAGCGGCUCCCCAACCCCCUCGUCUGCGCUGAAGCGCAUGGCGUAUUUUGGCAGCUGGGGGAACAGGGCCGCCAUCCCUGCUGCCAAGCUCACGCACGUCUUCUACGCCUUUGCUUCCAUCAACCCCACCACUUACAAGGUCGUCUCGUCCAACGCAGCAGUGGAAGUCGACGGGGGUUUGUAUAAGCUCUUCAACACGGACCUAAAGAGAGCCAACCCCGCCAUCAAGACGCUCCUCUCCAUUGGCGGCGCCGCUGCCGGCACCACCGUUUUCGGCAACGCCGCCUCCUCCUCCGCCACCCGCUCUGUUUCCAUGUAA